AUGCCUGACGGAGAUCUAGCCAUGGACUUAAUGGGACCGUUUCCCUCGGGAGAGAAUCUACUUGCAGUGGUUGAUUACUACUCAAGAUACCAAGAAGUAGCUAUCGUGAAGAGGACCACAAGCAAUAGAAUCAUCACUCAAUUAGAGGCAAUUUUUGCCAGACAUGGUUUACCUCGUACCAUUCGGAGUGAUAAUGGGCCUCAGUUCGUUUCUGAAGAGUUCAAGAAUUUUCUCGGAAAUAACGGAAUUAACACAUUAGAACAACUCCAUAUUGGCCUCAAGGGAAUGGAGAAGCCGAGAGACGAAAUCGUACUUUGUCAAAAGCGAUUAAAGCGGCAAAUGCAGAAGGAAAGGAUUGGGAAAACGAGCUACCGAACUUCUUACUCGCGUAUCGUUCAACCCCGCAUGCGACGACCAGAAAGAGUCCAGCAGAACUACUCUUCAACCGAAUGA